AUGGCGGCGGCAGCAAGCAACCCCGAACAAAGCGGAGGGCACAACAUCUUCAUGCGAGGCCGCGAAGAUGCCCAUCCGCUGGUGCUCGAAUGGUUGCGGAGCGCGUUCGAGGAAAGGGAGGGCACGCGGCUGCCCAAGCAGGAGGUCUACGACGCCUACGAGCGGUUCUGCCAGCGCAACGGGUUCGAGAGGACCAACACGGCCGCCCUCGGCCGUCUCAUCAAGAAGGCGUUUCCGACGUCGCGCGGGCGACGGUGGGUGGAGCACGGCAUCAACGUCAUGUACUACGUCAACAUCGCGCCCCGCUCCUCCAUGGCCACCUCCGCCUCCCCAUCGCAGCCUUUGCCCGCAGCCUCCGCAGCCUCCGCAGCCUCCGCAUGGGGCAGCAGCCCCGCCUUGUCGGCAUCGCCGCCCAAAUCGUCGCCCAUGCCCGCACCCUCAGCCCGUGCUUCCACGGCACCCACCACCACCACCACGACGCCCACCACCAAGAUCACGACACACGGCGCCGAAGAGGGCGGCCUGGAUGGCAACAAGAGGAAGAGGAACGCGUCGUCAUCGCCCUUCUCCUCGCCGCACGCCUUUGCGCACCCCGAGUUCGUGCCGCCGCUGCCGCCGCCGCCGCCCAACCUGUGGGGCCACGACCUGCCACAGAUGAUCGCCCACCACCAACGCCUCGAGCGCCAGGGACCCGCCGCCGCCCACGCCCCUCACGAGCCCGGCGGGGCAUUCGAUCGUGCGAAUCUCCCGGCCCGUCUGUACGCCGGCAGCAGCAGCAGCCACCCGCCACCGGCCCCGCGGCCUACGAGCCUGGUGGCGCCACUGCCCACCACCACCACCACCACCACCAGCAGCAGCAGCAGCACCGCCGCCAUGAUGAUGAUGCCAUCGUCGUGCCAUCGCAUCCUGCCCGCCCCGUACCAUGCGCAGCAGCAGCAGCUCACACUCAACCUACACCACCCGCCGCCCCCCAUGCACUCCGUCGUCACCUACGGCCCCAGCCACCAUGCCCACCACCACCACCACCACCAUCAGCAGCAGCAGCACCCCUACGGCCACCACCACCACCACGAGUACCACCACGAGUACCACCACGAGUACCAGCAGCAGCAGCAGCAGCAGCAGCAGCAGCAUCGGCACCAGUCCCCAUGGUUCUCCUCAUCGCCCGACAGCGACAGCGACGGCAUCAGCCCGCGGGCUGGCCCGCAUGCGGGGUCCCAGGUGUCGACGGCGCCCACCGGCGAAUGGUACGUGCAGACUGCGCAGACGCAUGGGCGCCCGUCGGGGCAGCAGGCCGGCCGCCGCCGGGCGGAGCCGGGGCUGUGGACCGCGGGUGCCCAUCUGCAGUUCAUCAACGAGCAGCUCCACUACACGCGCCUCUACCGCUUCCACUACUGGAGCGUGUCGCCCCUCAACCCGGCGUGCCUUAAGGUCGACGCCAUCACCUACCUCCUCACCACCGAGGAGGGCGCCCGGGAGCGCAGCUCGCUCUCCACCUCCGUCUACUACGCCCUCCACGUCGGGGCGCUGCUCUGUGGUGAUUUCCAGCGGGCGCGAGAGUACAUGCUCAUCAGCCGUGAGCACCUGGGCUACGUGUUUGACGAGCAGGACUACGACGUCGCCUGCAUCCUCCGCCAUUUCGCCAUGAUAUCGCGCUUCUUUGCCGAGACGGAGGAGGAGGGCCAGCGAAUGGAGAUCUACUACCUCACCAUGAGCAAGGAGAUCUGCGAGACCAUCGGCGCCGUCAACGACGAGAACUACCUCAUCGCCAUCAAGCUCCUCGCCGCCUACCACGGGACGCCCAACGAGGAGACGUUGCGGGAGCGGAUGGCGGCCAUCAUGCAGCAGCCCCCCUACAGGAAGCAGUGGAAGGAGGGCCGCUACUUCCUCUCGCAGUACCGGUACGGCAACAUGAACAAGAUGUACCACAAGCAGUACCUCGAGACCCUCCAGGCCAUCUGCUUUCUCCUCGCCGCCGCCCGCCAGGGGGGAGUGCCGGAGGAGCUCAAGCUCAAGCUCAUGGCGCAGCUGUUCGCGCUGGCAAAGCUGGAGCGCACGCUGCUCAAGUACCAGCGGCUGCACGCGGCCGCGUCGCCGUCGAUGACGACCAAGGUGAUCCUGUCCUACGUGCUCCUCCUGCGCUUCCUCAUCUUCGAGAGCCUCGGCCUGGCGCCGUCGGCGCAGAAGAGCGCACGCGAGUUCGUGGCCUACCUGGCCCACAUGGGCGCCACCGGGGUGGCCAUCGUCAUGUGCGAGCUGGGCAACAUCCGCCCGCUGCCCGACAUCGCCGCCACGCUCGUGCGGCGUCUGCUGGGCCACGCCGACUACGACUCGCUCCACCUGCUCCUCCACCUGCUCCACCCGCUGCGCCACCACAUCCUCUGGGUGCGCCUCCAGUACACCCUCAUCCUACGCACCCUCGACCACCACUUCCGGCGGCGGCUCACCGACCACACCGCCUUGGCCUCGCCCACCACCCCUUCACCGGACCUUUCUUCGCCGGAGACCCCACCCACGCCCGCGUCGUACGUGGCCUCGUCGCCCGCCGCCUUCACCUCGGCCUCCACCUCGGCCUCGUCCUCGGUACUGGCCACGCCGUCGCCGCUCUCAUCCACGCAUUCGAACUCGCCUUCGCGCGACUUCUGGCCGUCAUCGCCACCCACACACCCGGCCGAGGACCACCACUACCGCUGCCGCUACUACCAGCACCAGCAGGGCCUCGCGGCGGCGGCGGCAGCUGGUGGUGGUGGUGGUGGUGGUGGUGAGGCGUUAUCACAGGCAGAGGCGGACCACCAUAUGGCGGUGGCGGUGAUGGUGGACCUGCGCCACCAGGCGGCGGCGGAGUCGUCGUCUCUGCCUGCCGAACUGCUCCGGGCCUACCUCGGGCCGGCCGACUACCCGCGCCUCUACACCGAUCGUGCGCACGAGCCCCCGCUCGAGGCCACCUACUUCGACGAGGCGGCCCAAGAUCGAAACGCCCAGGCCCUGCCGCACAGCCUCGACUCCUUCGUCGACAGCUUCCUCAACCUGCCCUAA